GAAAACCAGCCUGGCAACAUAGUGCGUAUUAAUAAAAGGACACCACAUCCUGCCAAAUUCCAGCUGCGCUAAUUGUAUUGUGUUCACAGAGCUCACAAGCUAUCAGAAAGUUGUAUGGCAACCACCUCCGGCGCCAAAUAGAACUGGCAGACAUAGACAUUCAGUACAAGAAGAAAAAGAUGGAAAAUCUUGCACUGGAGUUCGAAAUAAAAAAGAGGACAAUUAGGAAACUGGACCUUGAAAUAAAAAAAACUUGAGAGGGAGCUCCAAGAAGAUGACACAGCUCAAAAUAAAAAUUAGCAAUCAGUACAACCAAGUCAUCGUUAUAAGGCAUCGCCCUCUUUUGCCCACCCCCCCAGCACCAGGUGUGGCCACUAGCCUAUAUGAAGGCCCAAAAUUGUGUGUUCCUUUCUGCUCUGACAAUGGCAUGCCCAUUUGUGCGAGAUGUGCUGGAUGAAGAAGCACUUGUGCUGAGGAGAGCCUUCAGGCGAGAAAGGGUCUUCAGGGACCGGUUGGACCCACUGGCCUUCCCUGAUGACCAUCUAUAUGAAAGAUACAGGUUUUCUGCAGAUGGCAUCAGGUAUCUAUGCAGACUACUGGGUCCCAGGAUUAAGCACCGCACUGCACGGAGCCAUGCACUGAGUGUGGAGCAAAUGGUUUGUGUGGCCUUGCGCUUUUUUGCUAGUGGAGCCUUCCUGUACUCAGUGGGGGAUGCAGAACAGCUGAACAAGGCCACAAUUUGCCGCACAAUAAGGAGUGUGUGUCUGGCUAUCAAAGCAUUAGCAGAUGUCUUCAUCUCCUUCCCUGGCCACAGAAGACUCUGUGACAUCAAAGAGGAGUUCUAUAGGAUUGCAGGUUUCCCCAAUGUCAUUGGUGCAGUGGACUGCACACACAUAAGGAUAAAAGCCCCCUCAGGUGCCCAUGAGGCCGAUUUUGUGAAUAGGAAAUCCUUUCACAGCAUUAAUGUUCAGAUGGUCUGCAAUGCUGACUGUGUGAUCAGCAAUGUUGUGGCAAAAUGGCCUGGCUCAGUCCAUGACUCCAGAAUCUUUCGGGCCUCUGAAAUCUAUCAGUGCCUAUCACAAGGUGAAUUCUCUGGUGUGUUGCUGGGAGACAGGGGGUAUGGCUGCCAGCCUUUUCUCCUGACACCUUUCACAGACCCCCAGGAAGCACAGCAGGCCUACAACCAUGCCCAUGCCAGGACCAGGGCCAGAGUUGAAAUGACCUUUGGCCUCCUGAAGGCACGCUUUCACUGCCUUCACAAAUUAAGGGUCAGCCCUGUUAGGGCAUGUUAUAUUACUGUGGCUUGUGCUGUCCUCCACAAUGUGGCCUGCCUGAGGAAGGAGAGGGCCCCCAGAGUGCCACCAGCCAUGGACUGGGACAAUCCGGCAAUCUUCCCUGAUGACGACAGUGGUCGGCUGCUGAGGGACCAAUAUGUGUUGAAUUAUUUUAGUUAGUGUGCUUUCAAUUUUGGUUAAAUAUGUCCUGCGGUGGCAGAGGAAUUUGGUUUUUUUGGGGUUCGUUUUUUGACGAAUUUGGCCUCUUAUGCUGUUUGUGUGGUAUACUGUGUGUAAUACAAGGCUGCAGGGAGGCUACUGCAUCCAUUCAUUUGUCUGUUCAGUUGAUGUGUAUGGAUUUGUCCUGCAUUUAUUUUAGUGUGCAGACAUGCAGGGUGUGUUAUAUACAGACCUUUGAAUGUGUAUGUAUCAUUUUGUAUAAUAUGCUUCGAUUCUGUGCUUUCCAUCUUGUAGAGUCACUGUGACUUCAGUUUCGAAAGGAGCUGAUGGUUUACCUGCUUUGUUUUGUCCUUAUUCAAUAAAGGAACAUAAUGUUACACAUUGUGUUUUUAUAUUCA